AACAAAUCUGUCAUAAUUACUCCCAGGAAUAUCCAAAAUGAUAACAACAAAUCAAGCUUCACCUUCUUCUUCAUCAUCUCUACCAUUUGUUUCCUUCUCCACUCACUGUAAACUUCAGUUGUUGGUGGAUCUGUACAAAUCAAGAAAGGAGCUUUGUAAGUACAAAGAGAGACGAAGAGAUUUGGAGUCUGCGAUAGCAAGAGCAGAGCUCACCAUUUUAGAAAGAGGUCGAAUUAUGGAAGCGUUGAGGGUCGAGGAGAAGUAUGUGGAAGUGAUGAGAGUUUUGGAAGCUGUGAAAGAAGAAGUGAGUAAGGUGAAGCUUGAUGUAGCAUAUGUAUUGGGAGAGAGAAGUGCAGCAGAGAAAGAAGUUGAGGAACUGUUGUUAAAAAGAGAAAGGGGAUUGAGAUUGUUGGAGGGUCUUAAGAAGGAGAUUGAGGUGGUUAGUGAGGAGCAUUUGAUGGCUGAAUUGGGAAAGAUUGAGGCUUUGAAGGAAUGUAAGGAGAUUGAGAGGCAGAGAGAAGGGAAAGCUAAAGAGGUUUUGGAGUUGUUGGUGGAAAAGAAUAAGAGAAUCAAGGAAAUGUUGGAAGAAGCUGAGAGAUCGAAAGAUAUUGAGAAAGAGUUGUAUGAGACGAGUUCGGAUGUUGAGAUGUUGCAAAUACAGCUUAAGCUUGUUGAGAAGAUGGAGAGGAGAGUACAAAGUAGAGACAGUAGUAUGUCGAGAUCAAACCGCUCUUUUGAAAGAGGGAAGUACAAUUUAUCGGUUUUGAAAGAAGUAACAGAAGCAACUGAAGCUAAAAAGAAAGAACUUGGUUCUGUUAAUGCAGACCUCUUCAGGGUAAUGACAGUAAUGGAAGCGUUGAGGAAUGAAAUUACCAGUGCAAAAGAGGAAACAUUUCGCCUAGAAAAAAUCUUAAGGAAAGAUGAUGUUAAGAUUCAGAAACUCAACUCGAAGAUGGUUAUGGCGAAAUCGAAGUUGGAAGCAGUAUCUAUCGCCGAAGAAAGAAUUAGCAUGCUUGCUGACAGUUUAGUUGGUUCUCUUGAGAAGUUAAGGAAAAAUAGAAAUGCUGCAAGGAAAGAGGAGCGUCUUCUCAAAAUUGAGAAGACGGUUACAAAGGCUGAAACACAGAAAGCUAAAGUCGGUAUAGAUGAUAUGGAGAAAGAGAUUAUUUCCAAGUUAGAUGAGCUUGAGGAUGCAAAACGUGCAGAGGCUUUAGCGCUUGAGAGGCUUGAAUCUCUUAUAGAAGACACAAUGGAGAGUCGUGAAAUAGAGUCUGAGCAUUGUUCAACAAUCACAAUCUCGAGGUUUGAGUACGAGUAUUUGACUAGACAUGCUGCUCUAGCAGAAGAAACCGCAGAGAAAAAAGUCGCAGCAGCAGAGGCAUGGGUUGAAGCACUCAAAGCUAGCACGAAAGCAGUUUUGAUGAAGACGGAAACUUUGAUCAGAGAAAGUGGAAUGACGAAAGUGGAAGAAGAAAAAGAAGCACUUAAGAUGAAAAGGUCAUUAUCGACGAAAAGAUUGGUCGAAGAUGAGAUUCAGAAGUUUAAGCAGAACCCGGAAGCCGAAAGCUAUCUUUCUCCUAAACCAAUUGGUAAAUCCACGCCAAUACAACGAGGGAAGCCUAGAAGAUACUCAUCUGCAGGGACUCCAACUUUCUUUGUAAUCAAGAAGAAGAAGAGAGUUCCAAACUUGGCCAAGUUUUUUAGCCGGAGAAGCUAAAAUAACAUAUCAUUUUGACUUAUGAGAACCGAUUGUAUUUGUUGAAAUGCCUUAGAAGUAAAUCCAUGAAAUGAUUCAUAUUCUUGUUCUCUGUGUAGAAAAGAUCAAGACACCAAAGUGAUUGAUCUUAUUCCUUUUGGACGGCACUGUGAAAUCACAAUGUGAUAACUUAUUA